AGUGUGUUAAAGGGUGUUGCCAACAAUGUGUUUGCAGGGUAAGAUAGAUGCAUAGCAGCACUUUUUGAUGGAAGUGGCAAAACCACUUUCACUGCUGUAAUUCCUGUCAGAGGGUUAUUAUUUUUUGAAAAGAAGUGCACAGAUCUGAGUUCAUGUGUCAUCUAACAACAACAUAUCUGAGUAACACAAGGCAUUGUUGGGGCCUACGAGGUGAAUUUAAAUGAUGCACAACAAUAUUAAGAUCUAGUAAACACACAAGUCACACACAAGGUUUCCUCUUUAGAGUUUAGUCAGAAGUCUACCCCUAAGUCAAAGAAAGAAAGACAUGUAGCAGACACGAUGCUAUUCUGAAACUAUUGUCUGUACAGGGUGCACUGUUGGCUGUGUCGGUAGUAUCACUUCUGUCAUGCAAAAAAAAACAAAAAACCCACACGCAAGCCUCCAGCUGUGUGCGCCUGCAGGUCUGGUCAGAGUCACCUUGCAUAUUUAAAAGUUUGCAUAUAUGGACUUGUGGUUCUAUAGCUGCACAGACUGUGGGCUUUCGCAGUGCGUGUUUCGAAAACAGUCUCAGGAAACAAUUAAACCAUACAUCUCACAUCGGAACCCGCAAGCCCACCCAGUUACCUUGGUUUUGAGGAAGGUUGUACUUUUUAAAAAAAGCGACACCUUCAAUUUUUUUCAUGUGUGUGCAAACCAUUUCUCAUUUAAUGUGUGUGCAAACCAUUUCUCUCUUCACAGAUCUUAAUGCAAAGUGGAUAACUUCUUUGAUUAGGCAAGCCAUCUCACUAUCCUGCGAUCCACAAUGAAUUCCACCAUCAGCACCAUGGAAAGCUUCACCACACCCGCCACUAAAAAUAAUACUGAAUAUGAUUAUGACUAUGUCAACGAAUCCAAUAUUGACUAUAGUGACUAUGAACCAUGUGUAUAUAAGCGACACGGAGCAACUUUUCUUCCUGCCAUCUACAUCAUUUUCUUCCUGCUGGGCCUUCUGGGUAACUCUCUGGUCUUCUGGGUCAUUACUUGUGGAGCACGACUCCGCACCAUGACCGACGUGUGCUUGUUAAACUUGGCCAUUGCUGACCUCCUUUUGGUGUGUUCCCUGCCCUUCCUAGCCCACCAAGCCAAGGACGAGUGGGUGUUUGGGGAUGCUAUGUGCAAAAUAGUCUUGGGCAUUUAUCAUAUCGUCUUUUACUGUGGGAUCUUUUUUAUCAGUCUAAUGAGCAUUGAUCGGUACUUGGCUAUAGUGCAUGCUGUUUGUGCUAUGAGAGCACGUACACGCUCCUUUGGACUGACUGCAGCUGCUAUUACGUGGGGAGCGGGAUUUCUGGCUUCCUUUCCUGACCUGAUCUUCCUCCAAGAGCAAUAUAUGUCGGGACGUCAAAUUUGCUAUCCUGGUUUUCCAAAUGGGGAUUCCAGUCUUCAUUUCUGGAAGGUCUUCAGCAUCGUUAAAAUGAACAUUGUAGGUCUGCUCAUCCCGAUCAUCAUUCUGGGUUUCUGUUACUCACAGAUCAUCUGGAGGUUACUGAACAGCCAUUCAUCCAAGAAACUAGCUAUCCGCCUUGUUGUCAUAGUGGUAGCUAUUUUCUUCUGUUGCUGGAUUCCCUACAACGUUACGUCAUUUUUCCAUGUACUGGAGCUAAAGCACAAGUAUUUAGAUUGCGGGCAGAGCAAAGCCAUCAGACUGGCUUUACAAAUCACAGAGGCCAUUGCUUACUCUCACAGUUGCCUCAACCCCAUCCUAUAUGUGUUUGUCGGGGAGAAGUUCAGGAGGCACCUGUUGCGGAUGAUAAACAGAUCUCCCUGCAGACUGUGCCAGCUGGUCAAGGUCUUCAUACCACAGGACAGAAUUUCCGCAUCAGUCUACUCACAAACUACCAGCGUGGAUGAGAGGAGCACUGCUAUGUAGUGAACUGGGACAGUUGGGGGAUGUGCUUCUUUUUAUUUUUUCAUGUCCAGUAAAAAUAGAUCACUGUGGCUUAUUGUCACUUCUAGAGUGUUAAGGUUUGGCACUUGUGAAUGUAUGCAUGUGACUGUAUAUUAAUAUAAUGUACCACAGAUAUGUAUUUUUUACUCUGUUUUUGUACUUCUAUGAGUUAUGACCAAAAUGUAUGCAAUUCCAUUAUAAAUCUGAUUUUGAAUA